AGGAAACUUCUACAAGAACGAUACCGUUAAUUCCUAGCACAAAUCCGAAGAAUCGAUCAAAACAUUGCAAGAAUAAUUUACAAGUGACCAAGGAAAUUAUCCGAAUUCCAGUCGGGAUGACUCUUAGAGAUCUGACUAAUAAUGCAAAUGUCCACGCUUAA